GUGUGUGUAAAAAGAAAGUGUGGAUAAUAAAAGUAGGCGGGGUAAGCGGACGAAUAUUUAUUGGUCGAUAUUAAAGCAAGCGCUCCGGUUGACGGGCCGCAGUCGAGUAUUAAAGAGCGUGUGUUGUCUUUGCCGGCGUGUUUCUUCUUCAAAAUGGCUUUUUCACGAGAAACUGUAUUGUCUUCAGCUGAAGAAUUUCUGAAGUUUGUCAAUGCAGGCCCAUCUCCUUACCAUGUUGCUGAUGCAUUGAAAACCAUGUUGAAAGAUGCUGGCUUUGAAGAGUUAAAAGAGAGUAACCAUUGGACUCUGGAAAAUUCUAAGAAAUACUUUCUGACUAGAAACGAAUCCACACUUAUUGCCUUUGCUGUCGGAGCUCAGUAUAAACCUGGGAAUGGAUUCAGCUUGGUUGGCGCCCACGUUGACAGUCCUUGCCUCAAGGUGAAACCAGUGUCCAGGAAAGAAAGACAAGGCUACUUGACAGUUGGUGUGCAAUGCUAUGGUGGUGGUAUUUGGGCAUCUUGGCUUGAUCGAGAUCUUACUAUAGCUGGUCGAGUAAUGGUUGAUAAUGGCAAAGGACUUGAACAUCGUCUGGUGAACGUGAAGAAACCAAUUCUUCGCAUUCCUCAUCUUGCUAUCCAUCUGCAGAGAGACGUUAAUGACAAACUGACUCUUAACAAAGAGGAUCAUUUGAAUCCAAUCCUAGCCACCAAGGUUCAAGCUCAUUUAAAUGAAGAAAACUCAACCAAGUCAUCAAAGUCUGAGAAGCACCAUUCUGUACUUAUGAAGCUACUUUCUCAAGAACUGCAAGUUGAGACAAACCAGAUUAUGGACUUUGAACUUUGUCUUGCAGACACUCAGCCAGCAGUCAUUGGUGGCAUUUGUGAAGAGUUUAUAUUUUCUCCACGUCUGGAUAACUUGGUGAACUCCUUCUGUGCUUGUAAGGCCCUCAUUGCAUCCUGCCAAGAGAACAGCUUAGCAAAAGAAAAAAAUAUUCGUAUGAUUGCACUCUACGAUAAUGAAGAAGUUGGCUCAGACAGUGCCCAAGGAGCAGCUUCUUUAUUCACAGAACUUGUCAUGAGAAGAAUCUGUAAGGGAACUGUGUUGGCUUUUGAAGAGGCUAUACCAAAGUCCUAUCAUCUCAGUGCUGAUCAAGCUCAUGCUAUUCACCCAAACUAUGGUGAGAAACAUGAAGAACUCCACCAUGUUGAAAUGCAUAAGGGUUACGUGUUGAAGAUCAAUGCUAAUCAAAGAUAUGCGUCCACAGCUAUCACAUGCGCUAUACUGCGCAAAAUUGCAGCUCAGGCCAAUGUACCACUGCAGGAUUUUGUUAUUCGCAACGAUUCCGUUUGUGGUAGCACCAUAGGACCGAUUUUAUCCCAGAAGAUUGGUAUUCCCACUGUUGACGUCGGUAGCCCUCAGCUAAGCAUGCACUCAAUCAGAGAACAGUGCUGCACAACGAGUAUUGCACAUGGAAUUGCUCUGUUCAAGUCUUUCUUCAAAAAUUACCCAGAAAUAUUUGACAACAUGAAGUUUUAACCAGUUUCAACAAGCAAUGAUGCUUUUGGCUGCUGGAUGUUUGAUUGCAACAAAUAGAAAUGAAAUUAUAUUUUGUAGUAUUUAGUCCCAGUUCUUUUCAUUGUGUUCAAAUCCUGCCAUGGCCUCGAUUUUUACCAUUUUCAUCCUUCCAACACUGAUUAAAAAUAAACUAGCAGUUAAGUAUUGUGGUUGAUAAAAACUGACUGAGCCCCACCACUGUCGAGUUUCCAGCCUUGUACAUCUCAAUAAGAAAUUAUCAUAAUUUGUCAAGUGAAUGCUGUUGAGUUAGUGCCAUAGCCAAAGUUCUUAAUAUUCCCAAAAGUGACAUAUUUGUUAACCCAUUUCCUUUAUGACAUAAUAUUGAUUCAGACAAAUGCAACUCUCAUAUUUGUGUAUAUACAUAUAAACAUACAUGCACCAUAAGUCUAUACACACGGACCUUCUGUAUUUGUACAAUAGAUAUCUGUUUGAGUAUAUGUUUGUAAAUAUAUCAAGUCAUUCCAUGAGUAAUGUCUGAAUUUUGGGUAAGGAAAUCCCAUCAUUAUCUAUGACUUCCUUUCAUCUAGUCAUCAGUUUUUUUUAAUCUCAUUGGUAAAAAAAAACUCCUUUGACGUUGCUGAGAAAGAUGAAGAGAAGUCAGUUUCAGCCUCUCUGGAGCUUUUGAGUACUAAUCCAUCUAAGUGAGUCUGUAAGCUUUGAAACAAAUGGUAAUCAUUAGGAGCAAGGUCCAGGGAAUAAUACUGUUUUUUUUUUUUUUUUUUUUUUUUUUUUUGCUUUCAAAGCAGCACCUAAAUGCUCUAAUUGUUGGCAAUAGGUGUGAGCAGUAAUUAUUGCAUUAGUUGGUAGCAGCUCAAAGUGGAUGACUCUAAUGCAAUCUCACCAUACAGAAGAAGAACCUUUUUUGACUGGAGGUUCUUUUUGGGUUGUUGUUUAGCCUGUUCUCCACAACUAAGCCUUUGCCUGAUCACUUAACAUUUUCAUUAAAAAAAUCCAUUUUUCAUCACCGGUCACUAACCUGUCCCAAAAUGGUGAGAUAUGUUCACGAGAGUGAUGAGAUGAACAGAUGCCCACUCAUGAUUUUCAGUUGGCUUCUGUCAGAUCAUGGAAAACCCAUUUUCUGAGUUUGAGCACCUUUCCAAGCUGUUUAAAGAUGGUAGUGAAUAGUUGAAUGGCUUGAAUUGAGCUUGCUUGCCAAUUCUUCAACUGACACAACAUUAUCCUUCUGAACCAAUGACAAAUGAAACUCAUCAAAUUCAACAGAGCAUCCUAUUCAUGUCCUCUCUCUCUUAGGCUAUUUUUAAACUUUGUAAACCAUCUUCUAUAACUUCUUUUGUUCAAACAUUCUUCCCCAUAAACAACUGGAUGUUUCAGGUUGCCCCUCUUGCACCGUUUCUCUUUGUGAACUCAUUUAUGUGCCUUAAAUGCUCAUUCAAUAUAUCCAUCUUUGAGGGGUUAAUAUUAGUAAUUAUUUCAGUCAGGUUAUUCUGUAAAGAGAAAUUAUAUUAAGUGAAAGGUUUCCAAAUUCAUAUGAGUGUCGAUCAAUAUCAUUUGACAUUUUAGAAUACUGUAAAAUUUGAUAGAAAUUACACAUGUAAAAUAUACAAGGAAUUUUUGCCAGGGUGACUUAAACUAGUAGGUUUGCACUCUGAAUGCUCAAUUUGGUAUGCCACUAAAAUUCUGCUCUCCCUCUCUGGUGACGGAACAUUGUGUUGAGCAAGAAUUCCAUAGUCCAACAAUUCCAAGAGUUGGGAUAUUCUAGAAACAGCUGUUAGAGACUAUGUACACCUUUUUAUUAUGUCGCUAAAUUAAAUGUCCUUAUCAAAUCUUGCUAAACCGUUUGCCUCUUUCUGUUUUAAUCUAUAGAAAUUACAUGUAUGAUAUUUCAGACAAUAUUCAUGGGAUGACCUGAUAUAUAUGUAUAAUAUAUAUGUAUGUGCAAUAUAUGUAUAAUGUAUGUGUAUGUGUAAUAUAUGUAUAUGUGCAAUAUAUAUGUAUAAUAUAUAAAUAUAAUAUAUAAUCAGUUAAUAAAAAAACAUAUAUCAGAAAGAAAUACACUCUCAACGAUGUAGUGGACUUUGUAAGACACUCUGUAACCAGGUCACAGAUAGACACUUA